AUGAUCGAGUCCCCCGGCGCCGCCGAGCUCGCCGUCUCAUUCUUCUGUUUCCCGCCGCGCGGCGUCCACGGGUCCGCCGACAUAGUGGUGCGCACCUCAGCCUACGGCAUCGACAAUGGCUACCUGGCGCAGGUUGACGAGGAGCUGCUGGUGAUGUGCAAGGUGGAGACGGCGGCAAGGCUGGCGGAGAUCAAGGCGAUCGCUAGCGUCGAGGGGGUCGACGUGGUGCAGAUGGAUCUGAGCGCGAGCAUGGGGCAUCUGUGGGAUCUGAGGGAUGCGAUGAAGGAGGCGGAGAGAAAAUUGGGGAGGAAUCGAGGCUCUGAUUCAAAAUAUUUUUAA